UUGACCUCAAUAAAAUGUGGCCAAGCGGCGCAUAGCUGCGAACUGCCUGGGCUCAGUCCUCAUUAAUUCGUGUGAGCACCGCCUGGUAACAAGGUUGCAAGAGCAAGUACAACGAGUGAGCAAGGAGGACUUUCUGCAACAGCCAAUUGCCUCUCUGUUAGAUAGCCUCCUCAAAGAGGUGGUUCAGGGAACUGAAGCGAAGAGGCGUCUGGACUGGGACAGAUAAACGGCCACUUGCAGUCUCUCAUCGGUAUUAGUUAUACCUGCACGAUACAUGCCCACAAACAUAUGCAUAAAUCUCUGAAUUGAUAAAUAUAGAACGCUAAAUUGCAUAUACAUGUCUUUUCUACCCCUGUUACACACUAUCCAUCACCACCUCACAGAUUGACUGGGUACUGGUGGCCCGUGGCAUGACGUCACAGUACGCUAUUGCAUUUCUUCUGCUGCGCUGGACAUCCGGCCGGGCGGUGCUGUCGUGCAUCGCCGGUCUUGUCACCGGCUUCUUCGGUUUUGCUACCGAUGGCUCGGCACAUCUCUUCGACUACUUGAGCACAGGCCUUAACUUGAGCGCUGUGAUGAAUGCUUCUUCUGGUGAUCCAGAGGUCGUGUACGCAAGCCUGGGGCCCAUCUUCGCCUUUCGGGUGUUUCCGGUGGUCCUGCUGGUUGGCUCGCUGGUGAACCUGCUGUUCUACCUGAAACUCAUGCAAGCCAUUGUUUUCCGGGUGGGCGGCAUCAUUAGCCUUUUUGUCGGCUCCACCGUCUGCGAGUCCGCUUGUGCUGGUGCAAAUAUAUUCCUAGGAAUGACGCAGUCGUCGCUGAUGAUCAGUCCGUAUCUACCGGCUCUGACGAAAGCCGAGCUGCACAGUGUCCUCACCAGCGGCUUUUCAAACAUCAGCGGGAGUUUGCUCGCCCCCUUCGUUGGCUUCGGGCUGAGCGCCGACUUCCUGCUGACCGCAUGCCUGAUGAGUGUGCCCUCGUCGCUGCUGUGUUCCAAGCUCUUCUACCCGGAGAAAGAGCAGCCGCUGCCUUACGCCAGCCUCGACAUGCUUGCCUGCCAGGAGGCGUCGAUGCUGGAAGCGUGCGUGGUGGGCUGCCGCCGAGCUGUGCGCGUGGUGGGCAACAUUGUGGCCCUGUCCAUCUCUUUCCUGGGCUGCAUCAAGACAUGCGAGAGUCUUCUUGCCUCGCUCAGCGACAGCGCCGGUCUGGGUGACGUCACGCUCGAGACAGCCAUCGGCUACAUGAUGACACCUUUGUCGCUGGCCAUGGGUGUCUCCUCAACGGACAGCAUCAUCUUCGGCAGAAUCGUCGGCGUCAAGAUCGUCUCGAACGAGGUCGUCGCCUACGUCACUCUCAUGAAGCACAUCAAAACGCUGCAGCGGAGGACAGUGAUGCUGGCCACCUUUGCGCUCUGUGGCUUCGGCAACCUGUGCUCCGUGGGCAUCGCUCUGGGCACCCUUGGGGCGCUCUGCCCUGAGCGGUUGUCCACCGUCGCUGGGCUCGGAUUCCGUGCCAUGUGGGCCGGCUGCAUAUCUUCGAUUCUGAACGCUUGCGUCGUUGUGGUGUUUCAUUUUCAGGUAGCCUUAUCGACUGAGUUGCCAGCGCUGUAUGAAAAAACAGGACGCCGUGCAGUGAGUGCAACCGGGAGGGAGCAGCUGCAUGACUCUAAUGUUUUUUUUACGUCUUUACGCCCAUUUGUGCAGGCGUAAUUCAACCUACAAUUUAGCAGCAUUGAAUAAAUAGUUCGUCUUUAA